AGCGUCAGUUUUUGACACGCGCUCGGGCCUAUCGUUUGCCUACGCCGACGCUCUACUCUGGCUCUCCUGCAUCCGGAGUGCCGUCUAGGAGAGAGAGAGAGAGAGAGAGAGAGAGAGAGAGAGAGAGAGAGAGAGAGAGAGAGAGACAAGUUACAGUUGGAGAGACACUGCGCUGACAGCCGGUUUCGUCGAGUUACGGCCUCACUACUGUUUCCGCAUAUCCCAGAAAAAUGGCGAGCAUAAUCGGGCACGUCGUCAGCAAUUACAAUGAGAUCUUGGAGCAGACCAAAGAUCCCAAGGUGGACACAUGGCCGCUAAUGGGCUCGCCAGUGCCGGUCCUCGUGAUCCUUAGCACGUACCUCAGCUUUGUCCUGAAAAUCGGCCCGAAGAUGAUGGCCAACAGACCUGCCUACGAGCUCAAGUCCGUUAUCAUCGCCUACAACGCCUUUCAAGUGCUCUUCAGCAUUUGGCUGACGAUAUUGGCGUUCAACGUAGACCUGGUGUCCCUCGUGUUCGCCGACACCUGCAGCAACGAGAAGGAGCCGGUGACCAACAGCAGGCUGCAGACCGCGCUGUCGGUUGGUGGAUGGUGGUACUUCUUUGCGAAGAUUACCGAACUCUUCGACACGGUAUUCUUCAUCCUCCGCAAAAAGUACAACCAGGUUUCCUUCCUCCACGUCUACCAUCACACGAUAACGGCCCUCUUCUCCUGGUGCUACCUCAAGUUCCUGCCUGGUGAACAAGGUGUCGUCAUUGGUUUUCUUAACUCGUUCGUCCACAUCGUCAUGUACUCGUACUACCUGAUCGCAGCUCUCGGACCCGAAUACAGGAAGUACCUCUGGUGGAAGAAGUACAUGACUUGGAUGCAGCUGAUCCAGUUCGCCAUGAUGCUUGUCUACCUGAUGUUCACCCUUGCCAUGGACUGUCGCAUGCCAAAAGCGCUCACUUACUUCUUCCUCACAAAUGUCGUCAUCUUCAUCUACCUGUUUAGCGACUUCUACCGAAAGGCAUACGCCAAGCCCAAGAAGGCGUAAUCCGCUAAUCACAGCUAGUAGACGCGAUACGACUUCCAGUGUUCCAGCUGAUUUAUAUAGUUGAAAUAUAUAUAUAUAUAUAUUUGUAAUUUGCGCGCUUUCACAGGACCGCGUUACCUCCGGUGGAAGACGCAAUCGUUGCGAAGGUUGUUAUUUAUUCGCAGGUUUAAUUUAUUGCAUUACAAGUUGUUUCACGUUUGUAAAUAGAUUUUUAUAUGGCUCAGGCGAAUAUCCCGUGCGAAAAGUGCGAUAAGCGGCACAAGAUUUUACAUGAAUUAGAAAUUGACAUAAACAGUUUCCAAUGUUUUUUAUCUACGCCUUCUGAACAGUAAUGAGAAAAAACACUUUUAGUGCAAGAGGUACGCUUUUAUACAAUAAUGUUAGGUUGUAAAAAUCAUUUGUAAUUAUAAUCGAGAUAAAGAAGUGGAUAUCAAAUAGGCAUCGACCGAAAUUUAAAAAUUAAAUGUGGUAUCUCUUUGUAUUUUGCGAAAUAGAUAUCAUUCUUGCCGAUUCGGAAAUUUAUAUUUUCUGAUGAUAUUUAGUUCGCUUGAUGCCUCAUUUGACAUACAAUUAGAAAAACAAUAUAAUACUGGAGUUAUUUGUAAGUACAAAAAAAAUUGUUAUGUUACGCUGUAGAAUGAAUUUAGUUAUAAGUGACAACCGGCAGGAAUUGUAUACUGAAGUUCAAGAUGCAUUUUAAUUUUUUCUUCCAAGAAAAAUAAAAAA